UACAGGUUGGUUGGAUCGAUUACAUUAUUGGUAGGAAUACAGACAUAAAGGAGGACCUCGUCGAGAAGACUAACACAUCUUUCAAAAUGGAAAACAAAAUCUUCAAUCAUGAAAACAUCGGGGAGCUUGUAAAGUUGUUUAAAGAGGCUGAUGAGGAUGAAGGUGGAGGAUUAGACAUAGAGGAAUUCAGUAAUUUAAUGAAGAACUUAAACAACAAUAUGAGUGAAGAAGACCUCCUUGUUCUCCACAUGCAGAUUGACACAAACUGCGAUGGAACAGUUGACCUUGGUGAGCUCCUUGAUUUCUUUUUAGCUAAGGGAGAAUGUGAACAGUUGUUGCAUAACGACAAACCCUUCCCAAGGCCCAUCAAAAAAAUCCAUGUGGAUCACUACAAAAAUAUCGUAAAAGUGUUGUUUCGUCCCGAUGAGGAGGACAAGGAACGCGGUGAGCAAUUUCUGAGUUCAAAGAAACGGAUCAGGACUUACCAAAAAGGACAAUACCUCUCCAUCAGCUCAGAUGGUUUCCUUAACUGUUGGAAUGAGAGCUUUGAUGACCACAGAAUAAUUCCACUGCACCAAAUGGUGCAGGUGCUCCCUUAUUCACACAAGAGCAAAAUGUAUGUUACAGACAUGGUGUACAUUAAAGAGCUCAAACAGGUGGUUGUCUCAACUAUUGGCAGGGAACUGUUGUUCUUUGAUUGCUGUGAAACACCAGAGCUGUGUCAAAUGUGUUACUCAAUCAUUAUAGAGGAAGGCACAGUGAGUGCUAUGAACUACUGGUCCAAUGGCACAAAAGCUGUGUUUUCCUUUGCUGUGAAAGGUAAUUUGUUUGUGUGCAUCUCCCACAGCAUAGACAACGGGCUCCUCUGGCCAAAAGCAAAGGAGAAAGUCUCUCUCAAGGACUACGACACUUUUUACAUGUCAAGCCUGUUAAAGAAGACCUCUGACGUCUACCAGUGUUUCAAAGUUCCCAUCUUUACUGACAUCUGUUCUCGGAUCCGAUACUUCCCUUCACUUAGCUCAUUUGCAGUCUGUGGUAGAUCAUCCAUGAAAAUGGUCAUUGCUACUUUACCUAAGGCACCCAGCACCACUUUCAACAAAAUAAACUUCAAGAGCUCUGAGAGUGAGGCAUGUUUCACCUGUGUUGAAUACUGCCCUUCUACUGGGAACCUAUACGCUGGUGGAAUAGACGGCGUGCUGCGGGUGUUUGAUCCUAACACAACCACAUGCAUCAGCAAAUUAGUAGCACAUGUCCGACCCAUCACCAACCUUGUGUACAAUCACGAGGACGAUAUUUUGGUCAGUUUGUCUGACGACAAGAAUGUCUGUGUUUGGAGUGGGGAAAAUUUGCAGUGUAAGCAAAGAUUCACUGUCGACAUGGACAAGGCCAAGCUCUCCGCCAUGUGUUAUAAUGUCUAUAACAAUGAGUUAGUCCUGGCUAACACGGAUAUGGGAGUAUAUCUUGGAAGAGGAACUGAUCUUUUUAGAGAUACAUCAACAUCCCAUGACAAGCCCCUGUGCGGUGUUAUCUAUCACAGCAUUUACAAACAGGUCAUCUCUGUUUGCCAAAAUGGUGUGGUGACAGUGUGGGAUAUCUCAACGGGAAAGGCUCUCAUACAGUUCAAGGUCACUGAAGGUAAGUGUGUGGGAGAAAUUACCUUUUCAUUAGAUGGAAAUGGGCGCAGACUACUCACUGCACAGGAUAGGAAGAUGAAACUUUGGAAUUUUAACAACGGAUCAGAGCUGUCCGUUCAUCCUGCAGUCUUGCCAAAAGAAGUGACAUGUAUUGUCUGCAUAGACGAUCGGGUGUUUGUGUCAGGAAGAAACUCCAAGAAAAUUUUUAACCUGGAUGUAGAUGGACAUGACAACAGGUUUUUGGAGCAUGACUAUUUACCUGACAUUUCCUCAAUGGAUGUGCAUGAAAGAACACUGAUUACUGCUGCCAGCAAUGGAAAUGUUGUCCUCUGGGAUGUCGACACUUCAAGUGUUCGCUACUGGCUAAAUGGAAGCAAGAGCCCUCGAAUCCAUUUCGCGUUCACAAAAGAUCAAGGACAGACAGGAGAACUACGGGUCAAGAAGAGUGAACAGAAUGACAAAAGUGCUGGGAGCAAAUCUCUGACUGCGAGUGAGAAGACUUUAAAUAGUCAUCUCACUUUAUCUCUGAAGAGUAGGGAGGCCAGUAUUGAAAAAGCCACACUUCUGACUUCUGCAGAUGGCUACAUAUAUGCCUGGACUGCCACUUACAAGGGAGGUUUGCUUGCAAAAUUCAGGGCAGUUCAGGAUAAAGAGGCUGUAAUAACCACCUGGUCAACUGAUCCCAGUGAACAGACACUUCUGACGGGUGAUAGUACCGGUCGGAUUUGCCUGUGGGACAUACAGGGAUUUGGGGUUAAAGCAAAGGUAAACAAAGACCCAUUUGAGGAUAUAAAUGGAUGGCCUGUGUCAUUGUGUCCACCUCCUCUUUUGGGCUCCUGGCAAGCUUACCUUGGGAGCGUUGCAGGUAUUCAGUGUGACCCCACUUGUGAAAAUAUUAUAACUGUGGGGCUGGAUUGCAAUGUCAAGCUAUGGAAAAAUACAGGCCACUGCAUAGGCGUCUUUGGGAAAGACGAAUGGGAUGCGACGCAACCUAACCUUGUGAAUUCUGUGGUCCAGGAGAAGACAGCGAAAUCAGCCAUACCAAAGACAGAUGAGCUAGAAGCUUAUUUGGAUGAUACAUUUGGGCCUAUAAAACCAGGCACAGACGAAAGACUGAUCAAACGUUUCCCCGAAUUUGAAUGGGUUUACGGUAAUACACCUACAGCAUCAAGGAAUUUACCUGAGGAGGAACUGGAAAGAGAUUGUAGAUGGCUCUUAAAUUAUAAACCAGGAGCUGACCGAUUAAAAAAAUUAGAGAAAAAAGAAUAUCUGCAAUAUGAAGUACCAUCUUCUAAUGAGGUCUGCCAGGGUUCUGAAAACAUAUCAACACCAUGUCAGGCUGGUACCAAACCUGGUCGUAAGAUCAAGAUAAAGCAGGGAGACCCAAUAAAAAGCAGUUUCCUCCCCCCAUGUCCACCGUCGGAGCAAGUACUAAACAGGGAGCACUUGCCACCCAUCCAGAAAAGUGUUGAGUUCGCACAUCAACAGACCCCGUUUGAGCCACACCCGCCUCAUACGCCAAACAUCCGAGGGAGCCAGGCUAGUACCAAAUAUGGGCGUAGGCUCAAGAUACCGCAGGGAGACCCAAUAAAAAGUAGUGUCCUCCCCUCAUUUCCACUGGUUAACCCCAUGCCACGCAUGCAUCGAUUGCUUAGUCAAGCGGACGACUGA